CCCGGCGCUCCGUGCGGGCGGGCAGCGCCGGGCAGCGGGAGCGGAGCGCAGCGCUGCCCGCAACGGGACCCGCCGCGCCGGCUCCUCCCGCAGCAGGUCCGGAAAUCCCUCCCGCAGCCAUGGCGCUGGUGAAGAGCGGUUGGCUUUGGCGGCAGAGCUCCAUCCUGCGCCGCUGGAAGAGAAACUGGUUUGUGCUGUACCUGGACGGCAGCUUGGUGUACUACCAUGACGAGACGCAGCGCGACAUGGACGGACGGAUCCACAUCAAGUACAGCUGCCGGGACGUGAGGACCGGCCACGAGUGCAGAGACGUGCAGCCCCCCGAGGGGAAGAGCCGCGACUGCCUCCUGAUGGUUGUGCAGCGGGACGGCUCCAAGACCACGCUGUGUGCAGAGAGCGAGGACGAUGCUGUUGCCUGGAAGAUGGCCGUGCUGGAGGCUAAAUCCACCCCGGUUCACGUCUAUGACCCCUAUGACGAUGACUACUACCAGACGGUGCCCCUCGACUCCCACCAGGCCGCCUACAUCAGCUCCGGCCACUACGGCCCCCAGCACGGAGCUCCGGGGGUGACCCACGUCAUCGUGCGCGAGGAUCCCUACCGGGUCUCUGGGGACCAGAUGGCCCUGGGGCUGCUGGCGGGGGCCGCCACCGGCGCUGCCCUCGGCUCCUUCAUGUGGAUGCCCUGCUGGUUCUAGCAGCCUCCUCCCGCAGGAUGUGACCCCCAGCAGGUCCCUUUGGCACCUCCCCAGCCUGGCUGAACUCAGCCCUGCCUUGGUACCCACCUGAAGCAGCCUGCGCGGAACCCCUGACCUGCUGGGGACAGAGCUCCAGCCCCAGACCCAUCCCAUAUCCCAUUCCCGGCCCCAGACCCAUCCCAUAUCCCAUUCCCAGCCCCUGACCCAUCCCAUAUC